GAGGCGUCAGGCCAGACACGCGCUCUCUGGUCCCACCCACGUGGCCAGAUGCCAAGGGCAGGGCGAGGAGAACGUGGUACGGGCAGGAUGAACUAAAUUUGUAUUUUUAAAAAAAAAACAAAAGGGGGGAAGUCCAGAGGCAAAACUUCGGAAGAACUGAGCGCGAGGGAGACGGAUCGUCUGCGCCCCUGCCCAGCGCUGCGCUGCCAACAGCUGCCAGGAUGAGUUUCCUUCUCUUUGCAGUCACAGCCCUCCACGUUCUCAUCCUCAUCUUACUCUUCGUAGCCACAUUGGACAAGUCAUGGUGGGUUCUGCCUGAUAAAGAAACAGUGAACAUCUGGUAUGAAUGCUUGAUGGAUACCCACCACCAGAACUGGACUUGCCACCCAGUGUCUGAUAGUAGAUGGCUUCAUGCAGUCCAAGCUUUCAUGGUUUUAAGCCUUCUCUUCUCGAGCUUGGCCUUCAUUAUUUUCAUGUGGCAGCUCUACACGAUGAAGCGGGGAAGCCUGUUUUAUGCCACGGGAAUCUUCCAGAUAUUGACUGCUAUCUCCGUUUUCACAGCUGCCUUGAUCUACACUAUCCACGUGGACACGUUCCAGCGUGGCCGAAUGCCGGGUGGCUCCUACGGUCACUGUUUCGUGCUAGCCUGGUUUUCCUUUCCCUUGGCUCUUAUCAGUGGGAUUGUUUAUAUCCACCUUCGGAAAAAAGAGUGACUGACAGCAGGGAAACGUCUCCAUUUGCCUUGGAAGGAGACUCGGUCUCCUCUAAACUUAGCUAUGCAUUCCUUCUUUGCAGUUUUUGAAAUCACUCAUGGCACAAAAUUCUACGCAAUGUGUAGCUUGAUCCGUGGGGGUUAUUGCACUAUGAGUGCAUGACUUUCGUUUGCAUAUUUUUGUGUACAUCCCAUGAUAUGGGAAGUUAGGUGUGCCAUCAUACACUGGCCAUUUCUUUAGUCUCUGAGAGGUUACCAUGUACGUGAAUAUUUUGCUGGCAAAAUGAUAUGUCAUAAUGCCAUCGUAUCAGCCUAUUCAGGGAUCAUUUCUGGAGAAAUGUUUGCUUCUUCUUUUUGUAAUUAUGUACAUGUAGAUUAUACCCACCUUUUACUUUUCCAAAAGAGGGGACAAUGUAUUCCUUCUGUAGUGUUUUGUUUUAAUCUCCCUUUUUGAUAACCUGCAGUGUGGCAAACAUUCCCUCCCCCCCCCCUUUUUUUAUAGAAAUCAACUUUUAUUUGAAAUAUGUAUUUUAAUGGAAAAAAAUAUACAGAUGCAUUGGUAGUAUAGAUUAAAAAAAUACGUUUCUUUUUCAAGAUUGGAAGGCAAAUUGAAAUACAAAGGUGGGGUUUUUUUAAAACUCUGUCAUCCCUCCCAGAUAGACCAGACAGGAAACACAAACAGAUGAGCUGAUUCUACUUUACUGUAAGGUUACAUUAACAGACUCUUGCAAGUCUAGAAGUACAGAUCUCCCGCCACCUCCUUUACAGCCUGAGAAGUUAAGGAGGUUCCCUUCUGAGCCCCUUUCUCCAGCCAUUAUGCAGCUGCGGGCUAUGCCCUCUCUUAUCUGAUUGUUCCCUAGGCAGCAUUUCUUUGCCCCAUUUCUUGAGGUCUUUCUCACAGACCAUUACAAAAUCAUUUUAAAAAUGGAAGUUAAAUAAGAAUCCGUUUCUUAACAUUUUGGUUUUAUUGCAGAUAUUUUCACAUUUGCCUCUUGGGAGCAAAAAUAUUGUGUGGAUAAAAUUCCUAUUAAAUUGCAGUUGAAAAUCGUUGAACUUUUUAAAGUUUUAAGAACAGGCGGCAGAAUCUGUGCUUAUUGCUUGUUCAGAAAAGUUUCUAAUGAUCCUAAAAAUCUGCAUUGGUUUCUUAACUCUUGAGGUACUAUGCUAGGACAACUAGAUGACACAGACCGCAGCUCACAUUUGGUUGUUGAAAUGACCUAUAAAAAUCAAAUUUCAUCCCCUGGAUUUUUAACCUUAUAAUGUAAGGUUGCUGUCCCAAUUGUCCCUCUCCCCCCCCACAAAAAAAUUCGCUUCAGAAAUUUCUACUUUCUGGAAAAGCUGGUAGGGAAAAUAACUACUUUUAAAUAUAUUUGUGGGGUAGAGAAAGGGUUUGGUUGGUGGGAUAUUGGUUACUCUGUAUCUAAGAUCUUUGUUGCUGUUUCUUAAAACAUCAGAUUCUUUUAUAGUACAGGUAGUCCUUGUUUAGCGACCACAAUUGGGACAGCAACUCAGUCCCAUGUGCCAUUACACUUCAAAGAGUGUCUUCUUAUUUUAUAAAUAGGGGCAUCUGUAGGGGAGGACAAAAAAGUAAAGAUGGUGGCCAUAACUAUGCAACUGACCCUGCCUUUUGAAAUGCAGGACAUAUACAAAAUUAGUGGGCUUCAGUUAUGUAGUCACUACUGUACAGUACUGCCAUUUCCACUUUUUUUUUUACUUCUAUUCCCACAGAUUUGUUUCAUCCUACCUUUGGCAUGCCUCCCCCCUCUCCCCCCCACAAAAAAAUUAGCUUCAGAAAUUUCUACUUGGGAAAAGCUGGUAGGGAAAAUAACUACUUUUAAAUAUAUUUGUGGGGUAGAGAAAGGGUUUGGUUGGUGGGAUAUUGGUUACUCUGUAUCUAAGAUCUUUGUUGCUGUUUCUUAAAACAUCAGAUUCUUUUAUAGUACAGGUAGUCCUUGUUUAGCGACCACAAUUGGGACAGCAAC